AUGGCGGCAGCAUGGCCAGCAUCGGUACAGGGAGAAUGGGUUGCCGGGAUAGGCAUUGCAGGUGCAAACCCCCUGACGGUGGUGGCAGCAGCGGCAGGGGCCGCAUGGCUUUGCAGUGAGGCAUUCGUGCCUGGCGUGCAGCUGACCCGAGAGGCUCAGGCGCCAGCGUCCCACCUCCGCAGCGGGGCGCGGGGUAGGGCCACGGCCUCCACGAGCCGGGCCAGCGUCGCCACUGCUGGCGCCGCGCUGCUCGCGGCAGGUGCCUGCGCCGCCCGCAGCCGCAGGGCCACGACGGUCUGCAAGUCCUUCGAGAACGAGCUGGGUGUGACCCUGCCCAUGAAGUACUUCGACCCCCUCGGCAUGGCCAAGGACGACGAUUCCGCUGACUUUCGCCGCCGCCGAAUGGCCGAGAUCAAGAACGGACGCGUGGCCAUGCUUGCCUGCAUGGGCUAUAUCGCCCCGGAGUACUUCCGACUGCCUGGACUCUGCAGCCCCUCCAAGGGCGUGGCGUUUGCGGACAUCCCCAACGGCGUCCAGGCGCUCUACAAGAUGCCCGCGGAGGGUUGGGCCCAGAUUGCCAUCUUCAUCGGCUUCCUGGAGCUGUUCCCAAUGAGGCAGGAGAAGGACCGCAUGCCGGGUGACUUCCCUGGCUUCUCCAAGCUGGGCUUCGUGGGCGGCUCGGCCCCGGCCGACCCUUCCGCCAACCAGCGGUCCCUCGAGGCCGAGAUCAACAACGGCCGGCUGGCGAUGGUGGCCAUCACUGGCAUGGUGGCCCAGAACGCCUUCUUCGGCACGACUGGGCCAGCAAUGUGGCUGCCUUCCUCUGCCUUCGAAGGCGAGCUUGGCGUGCAGGCGCCCGUGGGCUUUUGGGACCCCAUUGGCCUCUCCGCAGAUGGCGACGUCGACACCUUCAAGCGCCGCCGCGCUGUCGAGCUGAAGCACGGACGCAUCUGCAUGUUGGCCUGCGUCGGCUACAUCGUCCCGGAGUACUUUCGCUGGCCUGGAUACCUCUCCCCGGAGAAGGGUCUCAAGUUCGCUGACAUGCCCCACGGCAUUGCCGCCAUCUCCAAGGUGCCCCUUGAGGGCUGGCUGCAGAUCGUCCUGUUCGUGGGCCACUACGAGGGCUACUUCUGGCGUCAGGACCCCAAGCGCGCCCCUGGCGACUACGAAGGCUACGGCUUCCUGGGCGUGGGCAAGAACUUCAUCAUCAACGUCGACCCCAUCGAGUUUCAGGACUCAGAGGUGAAGAAGACCAAGUUGUCGGCCGAGAUUGCGAAUGGACGACUGGCCAUGGUGGCCUUGAUGGCCAUGCUUUUUCAGAACGGCACGGUCGGCUCGACCGGCCCGGACUGCUGCGCACAGCUCCACGUGUUUCUCAUGGCCACAGUCGCUCAACGAAGCGAGUCUGCUGCUUCCACCGACCCUGCGGAAGCCGAGGAUGCGCAGGUGCAGCAGGAGGGUAUCCGUGAACGAGCUCGGCGCUCUGAGCUGGAAGAAGAGGCAUCCUGGACCUUCGUCGAGCUUCCUGAUGUGGGCAAUGUCGAGGCUCAUGUGGCAGGCGAUCCUUCACGUAUUCGGUGGCUGCGGGAGGGCGCACGGAGGUUGUUUGCUUGCGGCAUUGGCUUACAAGAGGCAAAGUCCCCGACCAUGGCAGCCCCGGAUGGGGCUCAAGAGGUGCAGGGACAUGACUUCGCACCCAUGAAGCUCCUGACCUACUUCCUCUUCUUGCUCCUCGGCGCCACCAUUCCCGUGGCGAGCGUGGGCCUAGCCAAGGAGCUGUUCGAGAGCCUCGUGCGAGCCGGGGGCUGGCGGGCCGCCGCUGUCAUGGCCACCAGCUUGCUCGUGGCGCCAUCAGGAAGAAGCAGUUCCAUGGCUGUGGGCUAUCGCCUGGCUGCCUUCUGUGGGUGGCUGGCAGCUUUCGUGGUCAGCUGGUCGCCACACGCGCCCAUCGCGCUCAUCAUGCCCAUUGGCCUCGCUUACCUCAACCAGGUGUUCGCAGACGAAGAGUCCUCCCGGUGGUACACUUGUGAAGAUGUCAUCAGGUACCUAUCAGACAAUUCGGGGAAGAUCAGCGACUUGCUGAAGAAGGUGGCACCGCUGAACAUUCUGGGAACAACCGUGACUUCCUUGACGAGAUCAUUCGCGCAGAUGUGGAUGGUUGGGCAGGUGCUGAACUUUCUUCGGGAAGUGCUGAAGGGUGGUGCGGCGCGGGUUCUUUGCGCCUUCAGUGCGCUGUCAGGCUGCCUCCUGGCCUGCUCCCUCCAUUCGUGGUGGCUCAACCUCCCUGGCCUGGUGACCACUGUUGACUUGCCGACAGCCAUCGCCAUCUCGCUCGUCAUCUUCCACCUGCUGGUGGGCAAGUUCAUCGGCAGAGGCGGCAGCAGGACUCAGAUGGGCAAGGCAGUCCUCACCGUGCACGUCAUGGCGAUGACCCAUCUGUUCUUCGACGCUUUCUUUCAGGGGCAGAUGUGUGGCACCACGCUGUUCUCGCCCAUAUUCUUCUUCUCCAUCCUCGUGGUGUGUAAGAUCGCACCCGUUCUUCGUGGAUGGAUGGCAGGACAGCGCUGGUCGAUCUGCUAG